AAAAUAACCAAUUAAUUGUUUGCAACUAUUAGCUUUACAUAUGUUUAAAUUUUAAUUAUUGGCAGGAUCUCUACUUGGUUCGUAUGGCUUCUUUAGCUGAAGUACGCGACAUAACACAGGAUAUAUGUAGACAGUUUGAGCUGGAAGUUAUUCUGAUAUGGGCAAACCGUAUCCCUCCGACAUAUCUCCACCAUGAAAGGGGCCCCCCACUUCCACUUGAACCUAUUUUACGCUUUGAGGAUGUUGAUGAAAGGGGCUCUCCACUUCCACUUAAAACCAUUUUAUACUUUCAGGAUUUUGCUUGCGUCACUAAUUCGUUUCAUUUAGCUGUAAAGCGCCUACUCAAAUGGCAUUAUGAAGAAGGAGAGGGCAUUGUGGGCAAAGCACUUAAAUAUAAUCGACCUUUCUACGUUCCUGUCAUUGAGUCGCUUAGCAGUGCCUAUGCCAGCUGUGGUGAUUUUGUAGUCGAGUUUUUGUUGCCACGUAGUAGUAUGACACUUCAGAUACAAAAACAGUUGGUACACCGUAUCAUAGAUUACUUGAAAGAUGCAACGCCACGUUUUGUCACCUAUGGCAAUCAGGACACUCUAGUUGAGCUAGCUGAACAUGACACUGCAGUCUCAGAUACCAUGCCCGUUUUCAAUUUAAAUCUAAUUAACCAGACUGUUGGAAAUGUUAUGAAUGGGCAAUUGCCUAUGCAACAGCUACAUUACACUGGAGUUUCAGAUGCCAUGCCCACACAAGGCAAUCUACCAGCUCAAUCAACUGAUUCUGUUGGUUUAAAAGUAAAAACCUUUGGGGAUAACCCAAGGGAUGGGAAUGUUUUGCAACGGCCUCACGAACAGGGUUCUCUUAUUCAGCAACAUGUAAGUGCAACUUCAAAUGUCAAGGCCUCGACAGAGGAUAUACUGGCUCCACCAAUUGGUGAUUCCAAUUUGAAUGAAAGAAUAUCCUCUAUUGGGAUUAAUCAAACAGCUGAAUAUCAUGUUACAGAUAUGCAAGUGCCUCAUAAACAGGUACCUGUUACUAUAAAUUAAUCAUAUUCAAACCUUAAUGCCUCAUAAAUUGAUAUAGCUGCAUUGCCUUAUUUUUACUGGAAUCAUUAUGAAAUUGUGAUGAACGGUGUCAUGGUUCCUUGUAUAUAUUCUUUUUUCCCUUUUACCUUUAUAUACAAUCAUGAUAAAAGGUUUUUAAAUGUAUGCUUAUAUUCUAUUGGUAUAUUAACCAAAUUCAAGAUUUGUUAUUAAAUUUUCUAACUUUGA